UCAUGAAGACAUCAGGAGUUAAAAAUCCCUCCUGAAGGUCUCUUCAUCUUUCAUAAAUAUGAAGAAGCAGGUGAAAUGUGCUGGUUUUGCUUCAUUAGGGAUGUAAAAUGUCUCACAUGUUUUUUCCUUCUUUCCCUUCUUUUCCCUCUUAGGCAGAAAACAUGGAGCAGCCCACAUGAAGAAACAUGUGGAGUUCAUACUCCUGCAAGAUGUUCUUUGGGGGACCAAGCCCAAUUUUCCAGGCCCCUGGCAGAUGAAGCAUUGGCAGAUGAAGCACGUGACAUUUUUGUUUGGACAAGUGCUGUGUCAGUGUUGCUUUGUGUGAAGGACAAAUACUCAUUUUUUUUUUCACAUCACCAUGUCGGCCGUGACAAGCGCCCCGACACCGGAGGCCUCGAGUCCUCCCCAGCUGGAGGAGAAGCCAAAGGGAAAAUCCCUGUUCCAGCUGGGCUCACUCUUUGCUAACAGGAGUGAGAAAUUUGUGAUUGCUCGCAGUGACAGUUUGCCAGAGGAGAAUGUCCUGAAAAUCACAAUCACAGAGACCACUGUCAUCGAGUCCGACCUGGGCAUCUGGAAUUCCCAUGCUCUCAUCUACCUCACUCUGUGGUUUUUCUUCAGCUUUUGCACUCUGUUCCUUAACAAAUACAUUCUGUCCUUGCUGGAGGGAGAGCCCAGCAUGCUUGGUGCUGUUCAAAUGCUUUCCACCACCUUCAUUGGCUGCAUCAAGAUGUUUGUCCCGUGCUGUCUCUACCAGCACAAAACCCGCAUCUCCUACCCCCCCAAUUUCAUCAUGAUCAUGCUCUUUGUUGGAUUAAUGAGAUUUGCAACAGUGGUCCUGGGCCUGGUCAGCCUGAAGAACGUGGCAGUUUCAUUUGCAGAAACUGUGAAAAGCUCUGCUCCUAUUUUCACUGUCAUCAUGUCCCGGAUGAUUUUGGGAGAAUACACUGGAUUGCUGGUGAAUCUCUCCCUGAUCCCUGUGAUGGGAGGGCUGGCUCUGUGCACUGCCACUGAAAUCAGCUUCAACAUCCUGGGCUUCUCUGCAGCCCUGUCCACCAACAUCAUGGACUGUUUGCAAAAUGUCUUUUCCAAAAAACUACUCAGUGGAGAUAAAUACAGAUUUUCAGCCCCAGAGCUUCAGUUCUACACAAGUGCAGCUGCUGUGGUUAUGCUUAUUCCAGCUUGGAUAUUUUUCAUGGAUGUGCCUGUGAUUGGGAAAAGUGGGAGGAGCUUCAGCUACAACCAGGAUAUUGUCAUUCUCCUGCUGAUAGAUGGAGUCCUGUUCCACCUGCAGAGUGUCACAGCCUAUGCCUUGAUGGGCAAAAUUUCUCCUGUGACUUUCAGCGUUGCCAGCACAGUCAAACACGCCCUGUCCAUCUGGCUCAGCAUCAUCGUGUUUGGGAACAAGAUCACCAGCCUGUCGGCCGUGGGCACUGUCCUGGUCACCGUGGGGGUCCUGCUCUACAACAAGGCCAAACAGCACCAGCAGGAGACCCUGCACAGCCUGGCCAUGGCCCCACAGCCCCUGCCGGGACCCACCGAGGACACCGAGCCCCUGAUCCCCAAGGAUUUGGAACCCUAUGAUUAACGGGGCUCUUUAUCCUCCCAGCCCAGCGUGGCUCCAAGGAAAUCCUCCUGGAUGUGGUUGUUCCUUUGGUUCCUUUGAGUUCUGGCAGGUCUCGCCCAGGACUUGAAGCAGGAAGGAGCUGGGAAGGAUCCAGCAAAGCCUUGGGAAUCUGAUGCCCCAAAGAGAGGACAUGGAACGUGCUAAACCUGGGCUUUGUUGUCUUUCCUCGACUGCAAAUGGUGUCUAAGCCUGUGUUGGUGGAAGAACUUCAAUAUCUUGCAGGAAAACAAUUCCUGUCUCCCUCCCCAUCCAAAUAAUGUGAAAAGGUGACCCCACCACUGAAUUCUGCUCGCAGAGGGAUGGAGUUGGUGGCUCGUGAAAAUUCCUGGUGGUUGUUCUGAAUUUCCUGCAUCCUCCAUCGUUCCCGUGUGGUGUGGAGGUGGAAGAGGUCCAAGGAGGGCAUUGUCCCACUCUGCUCUGCCCUGGAGUGCCCUCACCUCAAGCCCUGAGGGCUUUUUGGGCCCCCAAAACCUGCCAGAAGUCCAGGAGCAUUUGGACAGCAGAGGAUGGGAUGUUGGGGUGUCUGUGCAGGGCAGGAGUUGGACUGAAGUGGGUCCCCUCCCACUCAGGAUAUUCCAUAAUUCUAAGAGGGAUUAGAAUUCCCUCCCUUCUCUCCCCCCAAAAAAAAACCCAACUUUAUAGGUUUGGUUGAAGCAAACUAUGGGAAAUGAGCUGUGGUGAGCUCACCUACUGCUGACUACAAAUUCAGGAUUUGUAGUGGUUUUCUUCCAAAAUUUUAACGUGGAAAUACCUUAUUCCAAUCAUUUAUUGACAAAACUGAAAUGCAAGUAUUCACACACAAACCCUGUGUAGUGUUGAAUUCAAUACUUGUAGCUGCUUGGAGGUAGAAAAACCACUGAAAAUUGUACUGACAGAGGAAGCAGCAUCUCUGUAUUUCUGUAAGAAACCAUUUUGUUGUUUUAAUUUCAUUUUAUCAUGCACGAGGAAAGAAAUUAAGGGGGUUUUUAAUAUUAUUUCUAAGAGUGCAACAAAAGGUUGCCUUUUAGAAACUCAGGGUUAUGAGUCUGACCUGUGUGUAAAAUACCUACUUUCUGAUAAUGUAAAGAAAUCUCAGAAGUAUCUGUGACAGAUAGGAGGAAUAUUAACCAUAAACUGAGGCAAAUCUUUAUUUCUGCUGCUCUUAAGUUUCCUUUUCUUUUAUAGGAAAUUUGUUUUUGUGGUAGAUCAAAGAUUAAAAGUUAACUUUCCAUUUCAGAAUUCUCAAGAACAGUCAUUAGUUUUGGCAAAAAAAAAACAAAGCAGCGCGUGUGUAGCUACAAAAACAUUCUCAUGAACUUUUGGGGAACAAAACUGAAGUUAAAAUGAGUGGAUUUUAAUAAUUGCCAGUCUUUUGGAAGGUUGGAGCAUGGAUAUAUAGUAGUCUUUAUGAUAAAAAUACUGGUUAACAGGAAGUUACCAGUGACAUUCCUGUAAAAUUACAUUUCCACACCUGAGUGGCUGCCUGGGGCAGAUUCUCCAAAGAUCUGAGGGAGGAAGAUGCCAAUUUUUUUCAUCCUUGUGUAUGUGAUAUGUCUGUGGUAUUUUGUUUUCUUUUGUACUUCUGUCACUUUUAUAAAAGCUGUGGACUGUGGUGUGGAACUCUGUGGGGUUUUUUUUAUUAGU